AUGACGUCACCGCGUCGACCAGCGCAGAGGAAAAAAAGAAGAAAAAAAAAAAUCGGUGGAAAAGUAUCGGGCCAGUGGCAAUGAAAAAAACCAGCAUAACGCUGCAUUGACACGGUCUCAGCAGAGCCCCAGCGUCCCCGGUGCGCUCUGUGCUAGGAGGGUAUCUGUGAAUGCGGGAGUGAAGCAGUGGUUCAUUUUGUAAGGAUAUUGAGAGCGAAGGAAGGUGGGGGCUGGUGCAUCGAGCAGAGGAAAACAACAUGGCUGCUGUGGAGCUGGAGUGGAUCCCGGAGACGCUGUACAAUACUGCCAUUUCAGCCGUGGUAGACAGCUACAGCCGAUCUCGCAGGGAGAUCCGCUCUCUUCCGGAGAACAUACAGUUUGAUGUGUAUUACAAGCUUUAUCAACAAGGCAGGCUUUGCCAGCUGGGCGGUGAGUUCUGUGAACUUGAGGUCUUUGCGAAAGUGCUCCGUGCUUCUGACAAGAGACACCUUCUCCAUCACUGUUUCCAGGCAUUAAUGGAUCAUGGUGUGAAAGUGGCCUCCGUGCUGGCCAGCUCAUUCAGCCGCCGCUGCUCCUACAUUGCAGAGUCCGACAGACAUGUCAAAGAAAAGGCCGUCCAAUUCGGCUUUGUUUUAGGAGGGUUCCUGUCUGAUGCAGGCUGGUACGGAGAUGCAGAAAAGGUGUUCCUGUCGUGUCUGCAGUUGUGUACACUACACGAUGAGGUGCUGCACUGGUACCGAGCUGUAGAGUGCUGUGUAAGGUUACUCCAUGUACGCAAUGGCAACUGCAAAUACCAUUUAGGAGAAGAGACCUUUAAGCUAGCGCAGUCCUACAUGGACAAACUAGCCAAACACGGCCACCAGGCGAACAAGGCAGCGCUGUAUGGGGAAUUGUGUGCGCUGCUCUUUGCAAAAAGCCACUAUGAUGAGGCUUAUAAAUGGUGUAUAGCGGCAAUGAAGGAGAUCACAGUUGGGUUACCAGUGAAAGUGGUGGUUGAUGUUUUAAGACAAGCUUCUAAGGCCUGUGUGGUGAAGCGGGAAUUCAGGAAAGCAGAGCAAUUGAUAAAACAUGCCGUCUAUUUAGCACGGGAACACUUUGGGCACAAACACCCCAAGUACUCCGACACGCUUCUCGACUAUGGGUUUUACUUGCUCAACGUAGAUAACAUCUGUCAGUCUGUUGCUAUUUACCAGACAGCGCUUGAUAUCCGGCAGUCAGUAUUUGGAGGCAAGAACAUCCAUGUAGCCACUGCACACGAAGACUUGGCAUAUUCUUCCUAUGUGCACCAGUACAGCUCUGGGAAAUUUGACAAUGCACUAUUUCAUGCUGAACGUGCCAUAGACAUCAUCACCCACAUCCUCCCAGAAGACCAUCUACUGCUGGCUUCAUCCAAACGGGUCAAAGCACUCAUCCUGGAGGAGAUAGCAAUCGAUUGUCACAAUAAGGAAACAGAGCAGAGGCUUCUUCAGGAAGCACACGAUCUGCACCUCUCCUCACUGCAGCUGGCCAAAAAAGCUUUCGGGGAGUUCAAUGUCCAGACAGCAAAGCACUACGGGAAUCUGGGCAGACUUUAUCAGUCCAUGAGGAAGUUCAAGGAAGCUGAAGAAAUGCACAUCAAAGCAAUUCAAAUCAAGGAGCAGCUGCUGGGUCAGGAGGACUAUGAAGUGGCUCUGUCCGUGGGACACCUUGCCUCCUUGUAUAACUAUGACAUGAAUCAGUACGACGAUGCAGAAAAGCUCUACCUGAGAUCCAUAGCAAUCGGCAAGAAGCUGUUUGGAGAAGGAUACAGUGGACUGGAGUAUGAUUACAGGGGCCUCAUUAAACUCUACAACUCGGUUGGCAACUAUGAAAAGGUUUUUGAAUACCACAACAUUCUGUCGAGUUGGAACCGGCUGCGGGACAGGCAGUUUGCCGUGGCAGAUGCCCUUGAAGAUGUCAACACCAGCACGCAGUCCACAGAAGAGGUGGUCCAGUCAUUUCUCUCGUCCCAGGAUCGUGUGGAAGGACCAAGCUGCUGAACAGCACAGCAUACUGAACCCACUAAUCUCUCCCAAGCGCAAGGAGCCUUCAUACUGUGAAAUAACAACAACAAACCAAAACCCAGUGGUUUGGAAACGCUGAUCCUGACAUGUGGGGCAGCAUAGCGACUGAGCAGCUUCUGUCCUUAAACUUUAAUAAACUGUCUUCAUCAUCACCAGCAGCAGCAUAAUGAAACACAGCUGUCAUUUCUCUGAGUAUUACUGAGGAGAGACACAACGUCAUUUCCAGAGGCAGCCCGGAUUAUUGAACCAAUCCCAGCUACUUUUCCAUCACAUUACACUUCUGCUCUUCUGUCUUUUUAUACCACUGUCCCAGACUCCUUGCAUCGCUUCAAGGAGAAAACAUCAUCCAAAGCCCAGCACCCCUUUCAGGUCCAGUCGCCUCUUUACAAACAUACAUUUGUGUCCUUUCUGCUGAACUGAAGUGUAGUUGCUGUGUAGUCUCUUAUACCCUGGAACUCCAAGGAGGGUAUGAGUUUGAAUGGGCUCUUCUCCCUGUUGUAGGGGAUUGGUGUGAAAGCCUUGCUAGUUGCAGUGUAGUGAGACUUAUGCAUGAUGUUAGAAAUGUAUUGAUGCUUGGCACUUGUGGACCAGGGUUCGAAACACCUACUGUAUUGAUCUCCCUUCUUUUAAAAGAAAAAAAAAAUGAUGAUGCUAAUAAAAUAGUCAGCGUUGUCUCCAAUCCAUCACAUGCACUAAAAUGAAUUAUGAUGAGACCAGGAAAAAGAAAACCAAUUAAACUGUACUAUAUUCUAUUACUAUUGAACUCCAGUGAAUUUCAUUGGACUAGUGGCUGGCUUAUAAGAAGUGUAGCAGUGUUGGGUUCUUUGAGUGAGGUGCAUGGUAAAUGACAAAAAGGAAAAACAAAGCCAUGCAGUAAGGUACUUGUGUUAUAUAACUUGCAGCAAAGGUUAGGCAUUCCUACAGUGGUGGCAUAAAGUUAAGACACACGAUUUCUUUCUUUUAAUGUAUUUAUUUAAAGACGUCUCAGCUUCUGUCCAGGCUUUAGACGUGGAUGCCAUGCAGCCCAGCACUACAUGGUGGAGCUGGUCUGGUCUGUUACUUGCUGGGCUUGUAUUUUAUGCUUAUACUGUAUCCAGAGAGGCUGCACAUUCCAGGUUUAAACUUGUUUGGGUUUCAGGUUCAUCCAUAACUUUCCACAUUCGAUCGUGGUAUUCCGUUCUACUAAUACUAAACUUCAAGUUCUGAAGUUACAAAAACCGAUUUGACAAGCAGUCUUUGCCAUGGAAAUCGUGUAAGAUUUCUUGCUGAGACGUUGGUCUAAUUUGUAGCUUUGCAUUUAGUAGGACUGGGACCUCCACUUGUCUUUUUAAAGAUUGUGUUUCAGAGGCGUUCCAGACUAUGGGAGAGCUAAUGCACUCGCACUGAACCUUCCCUCGCUCUCCCAGCAGAACUGGCCUUCCCAAGCUGAUGUUCCCUCAGCAGUGCCAGGUGCUGCAUUACUGUUACAGGUGCCUGCUUUUCCUUCUGCAAACUCAGUGCAAUACAAUGUUAUUGUAGAACUGAUGUCAGUGAUGUGGAAGCACAGCCAAACUACAGCAAAUUCCUAACCUUAACUUCCAGUUUGCUCAAAGAAAAAGAAAAAUUAUUAAAAAGCAAGUUUUAAUUCCAUACUUAAUCUACAUCAAUAUAAAGGCUGCAAACUGUUUCUAGAUAUGGGAAGUGCCAGUAAAAUUGUAAUGCUCAUCUGUUAAAAGAUGGAAUAUUUACCGUUUAUUUGGCACUAAACUGUGGCAUACUUGACAUUGCAAACCCCACAUAAAUUCAACAAGCAAGACGUGUUUGUGUAAUUUAUAUGAUUAGAUUUCUUGAAAUGUGCAAAAAGCCGUCCCAGCUCUCUGUUUUACAGUGGUUGUUUGUUUCCCUUUUAUGUUUUGCUUUUUCACUCUGGGGUACAAAAUCUGGCCAGUUUUGGACACUUGCCUGAUGGAAUUGGAUGUGAUUCUCAUCAACAAAGGCAUUUAUAAACACAAAAAUGAAUAUUAUUUUCUUUUUUGGAGGGAGGAUUGCAGGAAAAUAUAUGCUUUCAGCCUUAUAAAGCUGAAAUAAAUUUAGUUCUUAAAAAUCUGAUCAGGGUUGACGAGCAAGGCUGCUGCUUGGCUAUGUGUGCUGUGAGCAGCAUCCAGACACAAUGGGACAGUCUGUUCAUCACUCAGAAACACUAAGGAGCUAGUGCUUCAGUGCCAAACAUGUAAUUCACAGCCCAGAAAUCUGAAGGACAUGACCCUGGGUGUACAGGUGGAGAAAAGGCCUCAUCAAGUGAACAUUAAAUCCUGAAACGAUUUCAUUAAUACGCAAUUUAGAAUACAGACACUGCUGAAUGAUCAACUGUAAUUUCAUAGAUUAACAUUGUUGUCAGUCCUGCUAUUUCUACUCACGUUAUAAAAAGAAAUGUGCUUAUUUUUCUGGGGGGGAGAAUCUGCUUGUGCCUCUAAAUGUGUGGGCAAUAAAGGUGCCAGAUAGUGUUUUACUCCCAUAUCAGUAGCAUAACUAAGACAGUAAUAGUUUUUUUUUUUUUUUUUUUUUAAUUAGGCUCCCUUUAAGUGAAAUCAUAGACGUUGCUUUUAAAUCUGGCACCCCUGCACUAAUUGAUUUAUUGAUGCAGUGCGGGGGGUUUGGUCAGAGUGGGUCCUGUGUUAGGGCCCUUGCCAGUUUCCACUUGUAGAGAUGUAGUAAUCACAUCUGUGCACGUUACAGCUCUGUGACCAGGUGGACAGCAAGAUAAGCAAUUUGUCGGGCUUGCUGCACGUGACAGUCAUGCUGUACUGUAGCUGUCUUGGGUAGAAGUAGUAGGAGUGGCCUUAGCGAGUUCACUGAAGUGCACAUUAUCCCCGUUCUUAUUUAAGAAAAACAAAAGCAGGUUUGUGGUGCACAAAAUGUGUCGUUAUUGUACCUCCCUUACAAAGGGAGACAUGAAUUCAUAUAUGGAUUAUAUUGUGAUAUGAAUGGAGAAGACUAAGCUUGAAGAUUUUCACUUGAACUCAUAUUAACGCUGUACUGUUUUUGUACUUUCAUAAACAUUUUAAUGCUGGGGAGUUAACCCUUUAAAGCUUCAAAUGGAAGGUUUUUAAAAUGUAAUAACAGUCAGAUAUACUACAAUAUGUAAUCUGAAAUUCCCAUCAAUAGUGCCACGGUGAAUUUGUAUACAGGCAGACUUGUACUGGUUCUAACCAAAAUUAGCUUCAUUGCUUGUGUAAAGAGAUAACACAGUAGAAUAAUUCCAUUCAGUCUGCAGUGCCCAAUAUUAUGUAACCAUCAAACCAUAUUAAACGUUUGUAACCAACAUUGUGAAAUACUAUUAAAAAAAAAUAUUAUUGAUCUGCUAAA